CCAGAUCCCAUAUCCUUCAGUGCUUCUCCUUCCCCAUUUGCAAAGCUGGAAAAAUCUUGCUGCUAUCUCUCUCUCUAUAAGUCCACUUAUCCUUCAAGCAAAGCAUCUUCCUCCGAGAUUGUCUGGUCUUAAAUUCAAACCAGACCCAUCUAAGGGAUCUGGAACAAUCUUUGUCUCUGGUUCUUGUCUGACCAACAGAGCAAUAACAAACAUGGAGUCUUCUGUCUCCAGAUCUACCUCUGUAGUCUCCAAAAUGAGUUUCUUGGCUGUGUUGGUCGUCUUCUUGAUUUCUUCGUCUUAUAUAACUUCAACAGAAGCAUAUGAUGCGCUUGAUCCAGAAGGAAACAUUACAAUGAAAUGGGAUGUCAUGAGCUGGACUCCUGAUGGCUAUGUUGCCGUGGUUACCAUGUUCAACUUCCAGAAAUACAGACACAUUCCAUCUCCAGGGUGGACAUUAGGUUGGAAAUGGGCCAAGAAAGAAGUCAUAUGGAGUAUGGUCGGAGCACAAACAACCGAACAAGGUGAUUGUUCAAAGUACAAAGGAAACAUACCACAUUGUUGUAAGAAAGAUCCAACGGUUGUAGAUUUACUCCCCGGGACUCCUUACAACCAGCAGAUUGCUAAUUGCUGCAAAGGCGGUGUCCUCAACUCAUGGGUUCAAGACCCUGGCAAUGCGGCUAGCUCCUUCCAGAUCAGUGUUGGUGCUGCUGGAACCACAAACAAAACCGUCCGCGUGCCGAGAAACUUCACUCUCAUGGGCCCUGGUCCUGGCUACACUUGUGGUCCAGCUAAGGUUGUUAGACCAACCAAGUUUGUCACCACCGACACACGCAGAACCACUCAAGCUAUGAUGACAUGGAACAUUACAUGCACAUACUCACAGUUCCUUGCUCAAAGAACACCCACUUGCUGCGUCUCUUUGUCUUCUUUCUACAACGAAACCAUUGUCGGAUGUCCAACAUGCGCAUGCGGAUGCCAAAACAACAAAACAGAGUCUGGCGCCUGUCUCGACCCUGAUACACCGCACUUGGCGUCUGUUGUCUCACCACCCACCAAGAAAGGAACGAUCUUACCACCACUAGUGCAAUGCACGAGACACUUGUGUCCUAUCAGAGUGCAUUGGCAUGUGAAGCAGAACUACAAAGAGUAUUGGCGAGUGAAGAUCACGAUCACAAACUUUAACUACCGUUUAAACUACUCACAGUGGAACAUGGUGGCACAACAUCCGAACUUCGAUAACAUCACUCAGAUCUUUAGUUUCAACUACAAGUCUCUCACUCCUUACGCAGGACUAAAUGAUACGGCUAUGUUGUGGGGAGUGAAGUUCUAUAAUGACUUCUUGUCGGAAGCAGGGCCUCUUGGGAAUGUGCAGUCUGAGAUUCUGUUCCGUAAGGAUCAAGCAACGUUCUCGUUUGAGAAAGGAUGGGCUUUUCCUCGUAGGAUCUACUUUAAUGGAGAUAACUGCGUUAUGCCGCCUCCUGACACUUACCCUUUUCUUCCCAACGGUGGUUUCAGACCGGAAGUCUCUGUCUUCGCCUCCGUGCUCCUUCCUGUUCUUCUUGUUUUCUUCUUCUUCUUCUCCGCGUAAGAGAUUGAUGGGUUUUGCCACUGACGAUGAUCCUGUGUCCGGUUUGGUUAGGGUUGGUUUGAUUGAACGGUGGAGUGGUGUACACGCUAUUUAUGAUUCUUUAUGUUUCCCAAAGAUCAUUAAUCUUUUCAUACUUUUAUGGUAUAUAGUUUUCAACUUCAAACUUCCUUGUGUUCCUUUUUUGUUCUCAUUUUCUCUAUGUUCGUAGUUGUUGGGUUCUGUACUUGUAGACUGAUAAGAAAAGAUGAUAAUGUUAUUUGUUUAUAUAUUUUA